AUGAAGGUAAUGAAGGAGGGAGAUUCCAUUCGGAUGCAGAGCCAAGAGGUGAAAUUCAUGGACGAGACGGCAGAAGAGGAUGACGAGACUGAGCACUGUGGCAUAUUGAGGUUCGAGCUGUGGGUUCUCACGACGAUCGAGGCCAACACCAAGCGCCAGGGCCUGGCGUGGUCCGAGCCCAAUGACGACCCGGCGCUCAACGCGCCCACUAAAGGGCGCAGCAUGUCCGACCAGUUUGCCGCAUUCGCCUUUGAUUUCAGUGGUUUCGACACGGCCCUCCUGAAGAAGGUCCUGCCCGUCAUCAUCUUCGCACUUCUGUGCUUGGUCCUCCUGAGAUGGCUUGGGCUCCUCUAG